AUGCUUCAAACCCUAGCCAGCGGCGGUCUCUUCGCUCCAUCCACAUCGUCUGCAGGGUCUUCUGGAGGUCUUUCACGAUCACGUCUCGCCUGGGAAAACCUGGAAAAAGAAGAUAACACUUACCGGUGCACGAUUCCACAGGGAGAUUCUCUUGUUGGUGGUGGUGCUGGAAGAUCAAUUGCAUCGUUGCUAUCCAUUUUUUGUGCUCGUCAGCCUGAAAUUCAUAGCAUUUUUGUUAAUUUUGAAGUAAGAUGUGAAGCUGAAACAGAUUUGCAGAUAACGGAUAACAAAAUUUGGGACAGUGGCGAAGCAUAUGAUUGGAAAAUGCAAUAUUUAGACGUGAUCGCUGAUUUCAAAUUGCUUUCAACACCUUAUGAAACUUCUAUUCUUUGGCAAGGUGUGCAGCCUUCUGGUCCUCAUCUCCUUCUAUCAAUGGCUCUUCGUACUGAUAUUCGUAUUCUCGAGCCUCGUACGCAUCAUAUUCACUCUCCUCAAUCCAGUGCUCUUCUGGAACUUGUUCGAGUAGUUGAGACGAUGAUCCCGGUACUUCUUCGAAUCUGGAAGACAGGAGCUACAGUACCGUGCAAUGAGGUAUACAAUUUAGUCUUUCCUCAUAUGAAACCGUCCAACUUUGAGAUUGUGCCAUGGUAA